GAGUGGGCGGGUUUGUGGGCGGAGCUAGGGGGCGGAGCUCUGCUUAGCCCCGCCCCCGCUGGCCGUGUUUCCACCCGGAGCGUUACGGCGGGGCCGCCAUGUCGCGGCUGCACCGGAGCCGCAUCGCCGACUUCCAGGAGGUGCUCGGCGAGCCCACGGUGGCCCUGGCCAAGCUCCGCGAGCUCUGCUUCAGCGGGAUUCCCUUCGAUGGGGGGCUGCGCUGCCUCUGCUGGAAGAUACUCCUCAACUACCUCCCUUUAGAGAAGGCCUUAUGGAGCUCUUUGCUGAAGAAGCAGAGGGAUCUGUAUUCCCAGUUCCUAAAAGAAAUGAUCAUCCAGCCUGGGAUCGCCAAAGCCAACCUGGGUGUUUCAAGGGAAGAUGUGACCUUAGAAGAUCACCCCCUCAACCCAAACCCAGACAGCCGAUGGAAUACUUACUUCAAGGAUAAUGAAGUGCUUCUCCAGAUAGACAAAGAUGUCAGGAGGCUGUACCCUGACAUGGCGUUCUUCCAGCGCCCGACGGAUUACCCCUGCCUGUUGAUCCUGGACCCCCAGAACGAGUUUGAGACGCUGCGCAAGCGGGUGGAGCAGACCACCCUCAAGUCACAGACGGUGGCACGAAACCGCAGCGGGGUUACAAAUGUGAGCUCCCCUCUUAAAACAUCUCCUAAUUCUCUGAGUGAGUACGAAGUUCUGCCCAACGGCUGCGAAGCUCACUGGGAAGUGGUGGAGCGAAUCCUUUUCAUCUAUGCCAAGCUGAACCCCGGGAUAGCGUAUGUUCAGGGGAUGAAUGAAAUAGUGGGGCCUCUUUACUAUACCUUUGCUACAGAUCCUAACAGUGAGUGGAAAGAACAUGCUGAAGCUGACACAUUUUUCUGCUUUACCAACCUAAUGGCUGAAAUUCGGGACAACUUCAUUAAGAGCUUGGACGAUUCUCAGUGUGGUAUAACCUACAAAAUGGAGAAGGUCUACUCCACCCUGAAGGAAAAAGACGUGGAGCUGUAUUUGAAACUGCAAGAACAGAACAUCAAACCCCAGUUCUUUGCCUUCCGCUGGCUGACGCUGCUCUUGUCCCAAGAGUUUCUGCUGCCAGAUGUCAUCCGUAUCUGGGACUCCCUCUUUGCUGACGAAAAGCGCUUCGAUUUUCUUCUCCUCGUCUGUUGUGCCAUGUUGACACUAAUCCGGGAUCAGUUGCUGGAAGGAGACUUCACUUUGAACAUGAGGCUGCUACAGGAUUAUCCUAUCUCCGAUGUUCACCUGAUUUUGAAGAAGGCAAAGGAACUUCAGGAUUCCAAAUAGUCCAUGAGCCUAACAACAGGUGUUGGAGAAACUGUAUGGCAGUGGAUCCUAGGAGAUGCCGCUGUGAAGUGUGGCGCAUUAAAACUCCUAGCGGUCUCUGCAGGACUUCAGGUUUUGCGUUAGGGCUACUGGCCACCUUGAAGACUUCCUUCUACUCUAUUUAUUAGGUCAAGGACUGAUUACUUCCCCAUCUGCUUGGGUCCUGCACUCCAGAAUUCUCAAACUUCAAAUGCCUAUGUGCUGCCAAACACAGUUCUUUGUAUCUUUUUUAAUGACUUCAAGUGGAGAAAGAAACCAUCUGUCAGCAUAUCCCUCAAGGGGUGGACUCCUGCAUCAUGAAGGUAGCUUCUGGUGGGGAAGAGACAGGCUGGAUCCAGUGGAUUUUGGUGGGUGAGUAUAGAAGAUCUUUCUCCUGUGAAUAGAGAAUGUCUCCCAACGAAGUCACACACCCUGCCACUCAAGUAGCUUCUGGAUUCUUCUCCCUCGUGUCUGCACUUGGCCAUCCCUGGGGUGUGCAAAAAAAAAAAAAAAAAAAAAAGAUUGCAUCAGUUUCUGCAUCCAGCAGUUUGGACCCCUUCACAUGGGAAAGAGAUCUUGAGAAGCUGGGAUGGGAAGACAUCACUACAGCUGCCAGCUUUGUGCACCAAAACUGCCUGAACCCAGAAUGGCCUUACCAAGAAGGUCUCCUUGAAAGCAAGGCUGCAGCGGUUUUAAUUGAUGAGCGAAGUGUAGCUUGAAGUCAAGCCUUACUACGCACAGCCUUAGAGCAGGAGCUUGUUGCUGCAGGGAGGCUGAGCCCUCAGGCUGCUUUCCUGUCUCUGAACUGGGGCAUAUCCAGCUGCAAUCAGGAUUCUGAAACACAAGAAACAAGCAUCUAGUUGCAUGAAGACAGCUAUAGUAGGGACUUACACAGGCACGGCAUUGGGGUUUCCUGCCUCGGUGGCUUGCAUAGUAUUACCCCGCGUAAGCUCUGGUCAUGGUAACCUUGGUAUUGUCUCAUAGCACUUCUUGCCAGGAAGGCACACGUUACAGGUCUGAGCUACAAGAGUCCUUUUCCGGUGCAAUUCAGUGGGCAUACAAGCAUUUCAGUCGUUAGCUGACUCCUGGGGCUGAUCCACAUCCUCUGUACCAGUCCUGUUGGCGUGACAGUCGUGAGUUGGACACUUGUCCCUCCUGAGAGUGAAGCUGCUGCAUUUUGAGUACUUUAGAGCAGGCUUAGGUGAACAUCGACGAAGACAAGCUAUGGAAAGAACUGCUAACCUGCUGAUCAGAAACCAUAAUCCUCAAAGGGAGAAACUGCCAGCACCCAGGUGCUUGGGUUGUGCAGAAGCUCCUGAGUGAACACUAACCCGGCAUGCUUUACCCCUUUCUGUGCUGGCUCACCUCUGCAUAGCUGUUUGACACUGCGACUUUUCGGUGUUUAUGGGUAUUGAUUUGUUAAAGGUCA